AUGACUACGGAAAAUAUUCCGAGCACAAACGAUCAUUUGUCUCAGCCCACUGCGCAGUCCAGCGCCCAGGAGGCGAAGCCGGCUGUCGCAUACACUCCGCCGCAGUCGUCUGUGCAAAAGGAUGAGUUUCCGGACUCCACCAAACCCGUGUCCGAGUCGUUGACGUUACCAGAACAUUCGUCGUCCGGUCUUCACUCCCAUAAUAGAACAAGAUCGCGAUCUCGGUCCAACUCGCGCAAACUCUCGAUUGGACGGCUGUUCAACAUCGGCCAGGACUCUACGGCCAUGAAACCUGCUGCGUUCGAGCCCGCAACCACCCCGGCCAUCGAUGAGCUACAGACCGAACAACUACAGACGCCUCCGACAACAAGCGAAGACGUGAACACCGACUAUUUCAGCGUGAAAGAUGGCUCUCAGGACACAGAGGACGACGAGAUGUCCAAAGACAGCACGUUCAGCAAAAUCAAAAAGAUCUUCCGCUUCAAUUCUACAGACCAUGUUGACUUCCAGCAACCAAAAGAAAUAGCCGUGCCAGAUCACGAGGAAGAAGAACUCCGCCAGGGAAGUAACGGUAAUUCGCUGAUUAAGAAGUUCCGCAGAAUUCGAUCGCCGUCCAGCCCGGUCCAGUUCUCCUCGGUGCCCCAGAUCACUGUCACCGAGUCUGUUCAGGAGUGCGACAUUGCUGAACAGGAUUUCAUCGACCCAGGCCACGACUUCCAGGUGAAGUUGAAGCACGAUUAUUCCGUCAACAACUCCACCACCACCCUCAACAAUUUCCUGACAGAAGAGUCACCAAAACCCGAGGCUGAGCCUGAACAGAGAGAAUUUAAGGAACCUGCGGCUCCGAGCUCCAAGUCCAAGUCUAUUCACAAGAAAUUGAAACGGGUGGCUUCUGCUCCUUUGGGACUCAAACAACUCGUUGAACCAGCGCCGGCCCCGGUGUCUGCCCCAGAAAGCACCGACAUCACGAAACAUAUCGGAGAAAUCACGCUCUCCGACUCCAGUGGAUCCAGUUUGCCUAGCGGAUCGGGCAGAAACUACUAUAGCACAGGUGUCAAGAUAUCCGACGUCGAGGUGACUCCACAGUCCUUCGAAAAGCUCAAACUUCUCGGGAAAGGAGACGUCGGCAAGGUGUAUCUUGUGAGAGAGAAAUCAAAUAAGAAACUGUUUGCCAUGAAGAUCCUCAAUAAGAAGGAGAUGGUGGAGCGCAACAAGAUCAAGCGAGUUCUGGCAGAACAGGAGAUCCUUGCGACCGCCAGCCAUCCUUUCAUUGUCACAUUAUACCAUUCAUUCCAAUCGGAGGACCAUUUGUACUUAUGCAUGGAGUACUGCAUGGGAGGAGAGUUUUUCAGAGCGUUGCAAACACGCAAGAUGAAGUGCAUUUCUGAGGCAGACGCGCGGUUCUACGCGGCCGAGGUGGUUGCAGCGUUAGAAUAUUUGCAUUUGAUGGGCUUUAUAUACAGAGACCUCAAGCCCGAGAACAUACUUUUGCACCAGUCUGGCCACAUUAUGUUGAGCGACUUUGAUCUCUCCAAACAGACAGACCAUAUCCGGAGACCGGAGCUUGUUGCUGCGCACCGGUCUGCCUCGAGCCUGCCGCAAUUGGACACCAACGCGUGUAUCAACGGGUUCAGAACCAACUCUUUUGUGGGAACAGAGGAGUAUAUUGCUCCCGAGGUGAUUUGGGGCAAGGGUCACACUGCUGCGGUUGAUUGGUGGACUCUUGGCAUAUUUAUCUAUGAGAUGAUGUUUGGAAUCACGCCGUUCAAAGGGUCUACUCGCAACCAGACAUUCUCCAACAUUUUGAAGAACGAGGUGCAAUUUCCCGAUUACAACUCUGUUUCGAGCAGUUGUCGCAACUUGGUGAAGAAGUUGUUAAUCAAGGAUGAGACCAAGCGGCUUGGUUCACGCAGCGGUGCCUCCGAGAUUAAAACACACUCGUUCUUCAAAAACGUCCAAUGGGCCCUUUUAAGAAACCAAAAGCCUCCAAUGAUCCCGGUGUUCACACAGAGACGGUCCAGACGCGAUAAGGAGAACAAGACCACGCAGGGCUCGAUCGGUACGCUCAAGUCCAAGCGUAAGACGUCGUCGUCGCCCGUGCAGCCCAACACCACGCCCGAUCCGUUUGAAAACUUCAGUUCUGUCACCAUCCAUCACAACGACGACAGCCAGGUGAUGCGGUUCGAGGGCACAGAGCUCGGCGACAUUUCGUACACGCUGACGAAGCCAGACGCCGUGAGCAACAAGCGGUUCCUCAAGAUGUGA